GAAACCAUGACUCCACCCUCCAAAGGCCUCCUCUUCCUCUGUCUCCUCUUCUUCUCAUCCAUCAUCACCCUCUCAACCAAGUCAACCCACCACCGCCACCACCGCCACCACCAGGCUCACCCGCUCGACCCCCUCACUCCCUCCGAGCUCGAGCUCGCCCGAGCCAUAGCCUCCGACUCAUUCCCCGGCUCGCCCCGCCGCAACCUCACCUUCCACUACGUCGGCCUCGACGAGCCCGACAAGCCCCUCCUCCUCUCAUGGCUCUCCGCGCCCUCUCUCUCCCGUCCUCUCCCUCGCAGGGCCCUCGUCAUCGCGCGGGCCGACAAGCGAACCCACGAGCUCACCAUCGACCUCUCGGCCCGUCGGGUCGACUCAGCCCGAGUGCACGCCGGCCAUGGUUUCCCGAUGCUCACGUUCAAGGAGCAGGCCGCCGCUAGCAGCCUUGCGCGGCGGUAUCCACCGUUCCUGGAGUCAAUGAGGAAGAGGGGGCUCAAGGCGGAGGAGGUCACGUGCGGGUGCUUCACGGUGGGCUGGUACGGGCAGGAGGCGAGGAAGGUCGGGCGGACGGUGAAGGUGAUGUGUUACUAUCUGGACGGGACGGUGAAUUUGUACAUGAGGCCGGUGGAGGGAGUGACGGUGACCGUUGAUCUGGACGAGAUGAGGAUCGUGGGGUUCGUGGAUAGAGUGACGGUCCCAGUGCCCAAGGCCGAUGGGACGGACUACAGCGGAUCGCAGAAGCGGGUCGGGCCGGCCCUGAAGCCGAUCGGGGUGGUGCAGCCGGAGGGCCCGAGUUUCACGGUGGACGGGCAUAUGAUCAGGUGGGCUAACUGGGAAUUCCACUUGAGUUUCGAUGUGAGAGCGGGUCCAAUCAUCUCGCUGGCGUCGAUUUAUGAUUCAGAGAAGCAGAAAUUCCGGCGGGUGAUGUACAGGGGAUUCAUUUCGGAGCUAUUCGUGCCGUACAUGGACCUCACGGAGGAAUGGUACUACAGGACCUUCUUUGAUGCGGGCGAAUACGGGUUCGGGCUCUGUGCCAUGCAGCUCGAGCCAUUGCGGGAUUGCCCCGAAAACGCCGUGUUCAUGGAUGCGUACAUUGCUGGACAGGACGGGAAACCUAUCAAGAUGUCCAAUGUUUUCUGCGUGUUUGAGCGGUAUGCUGGAGAUAUCAUGUGGCGUCACACCGAGCUCGGGAUUCCUGGCAAAGUGAUAAGAGAGGUGAGGCCAGAGGUAAAUCUGGUGGUGAGGAUGGUUUCGACGGUCGGCAAUUACGAUUACAUUGUGGAUUGGGAGUUCAAGCAGAGCGGAUCCAUCAAAGCCACAGUAGGGUUAACCGGUCUACUGGAGGUGAGGGGUUCGAAGUACACUAACAAUGACCAGAUAAUGGAUGAAGAAUACGGUGUACUAUUAGCAGAAAACACCUUGGGCACGCGACAUGACCAUUUCCUCAUCUUCCACCUCGAUCUCGACAUCGAUGGUGAUUCCAACUCCUUUGUCAAAUCCGUCUUCAAACAGACCCCAGUGACAGAUCGCCAAUCUCCCAGGAAAAGCUAUUGGAGUGUCGUUAGUGAAACAGCUAAGACGGAGUCCAAUGCGAAGAUCAAGCUUGGCUCGGAGCAGGCGGAGCUGUUGGUGGUGAACCCAGGCAAGAAGACUAAUGUGGGGAAUACGGUUGGUUACCGUCUAAUCCCUGGAUCAAUAACCAGGCCCCUCCUAUCAGACGAUGAUUAUGCCCAGAUUCGCGGAGCGUUUACCAAUUACAACAUGUGGGUCACGCCGUAUAACAAGUCCGAGAAGUGGGCUGGUGGAUUGUACACGGAUCAGAGCCAUGGCGACGACACAUUAGACACAUGGACCCAAAGAAACAGGGGAAUAGAGAACAAGGACAUAGUGUUGUGGUAUACCUUGGGGUUCCAUCAUGCGCCAUACCAGGAAGAUUUUCCGCUGAUGCCGACAUUGAGCAGCGGGUUUGAGCUCCGACCGGCCAAUUUCUUCGAGAGCAACCCGGUACUCAGAGUUGUACCACCUAAAGUGGUUAAGUGGCCAAAUUGUUCCAUACCUGCCGUUAUUUAGAUUGAAAGAUUGAUGUUGAGGAACAGAGCAUUACCUUUUCUCUUUUCUCCAUAUUCUCAAAACAUUAUUAUUUCGAGAGAAGCAAAGACCACGUUUUAGAUAGGAAUGGAACAUCUGGAUUUGUUGUGGGUCUUUUACUUUUGCAAACGAGAUGAACACUAUGAUCAUUGAACA